AAAAAGAGAUAAGUACAGGUUAGAUAUUUACAAGACUGCCAGCAGACUGUCUUCAAAUUUCUCAAUUCUUCUUCGCUCCUCACCUGGUCUGUCCCAACGGUCCCUCCUCUCUCUCUCUCUCUCUCUCUCUCUCUCUCUCUCUCUCUCUCUCUCCCUUGAGACGCAUAGGCUGGCUUGCUAGCUAGCGGUCAAUUGAGAAUGGGCGGCGAUAGAGUUCUCUCUUCUUCAUCAUCCAAAGGAGAAGAAUCACCGGUGGAGCGUGGUGUCCCCGAGUUGUCGUUUCAAGGUUCCCAGCGUCACGGGGAUGGUUUAUCCAUGAAUCCUGAGAACGCUGCAAGCACUUUAGCUGAUCAGUUGUUGCUCGAUGAUUUGGGUGGUCGUGUCUCCGCAAAUUCAUUGGAUACUGAUUCACAGUGGAGGCGGCGGCACAAUAUUUACAGGGAAAUUUUACUGAGUUAUGAUGAUUUGAGGAUUCGCAGUGAAAACUUAGGAGUGGCCAAAAGUAAAAUUUUGAGCUAUACGCCUGGAGCAUGGAUUGAGAAAGCUGGUGGCAUGAAGUUGAGUGACUAUAAUAUACCGACAACAACGUCACUCAUAUUGAUUGGUCCAAAAGGAUCUGGAAAAAGCAGUCUUGUCAAUAGAAUUUCAAGGGUGUUUGAUGAUGACAUUUUUGCCUCUGAAAGGGCCCAAGUAUCAUAUAACACCUCUGUUGGUGAUGGCACUUACUUCCUUCAGGAAUAUAUGAUUCCAAGAUUUUCAACUUCUUUCUGUCUAUAUGACACGCGCAGUUUGUCUAAUGAUGCAUCUGAAAACUUAGUGAUGAUGAAGCGUUGGAUGACAGAAGGUGUACGUCAUGGGAAAUUGGUUUUUAGGGAUUCAGAUAGUUGGCAGUUGAGGACUGCGGUGAAGUGCAAAGCUAGGCAGAUUGGAUGCUGUUCAAGGGAGAAGAGGAUGGUUAAUUUUGUUAUAUUUGUUGUUAAUGCUAUUUCAGUUCUGAAAUCCAUGGACAGUGCUGAUGAACAAGCAGGACGGUAUUGCGAAAUGAUUGCUACAACUUUCAAGAGCCCCUAUUUGUCAUUUAAAGAUGACAAGCCUGUUGUUGUCAUCACCCACACUGAUCUAAUUUCACUUUCUGACCGUGCUCGUGUCCGUCUCCAUUUAGGAGAGUCGUUGGGUGUACCACCAGCAAAACAAAUUUUUGACAUCCCAGAAAGCUCUGAUCUUGCAACUAAGUUGGCUAUAGUUGAUAUGUUACGUUAUUCCCUCGAGCAUGCUGACAGGAAUCUUCCUUGUAAGAACUGGAUCAUGGAUAAGGUUCAUAUGCUGUAUGUACCAGCAUGCAUAUUUCUGUUAUUAGUCCUGGGAAUUGCAAUUAUCUCAGCUCAUAUGCAUCGAGCAGGUCGUGCCCCUCGACCGGACAGUCACAUUCAGUGGCAUGCUAUCCGACAUUUGUGGUACGCGGACUAGGAUUAGCUUAUGUUAGAGAUACUCUUACAUUAGCUUGUGUGAGUGUUUCAGAUGUUCUCUGCUCCCUGCUGUAAAUAAACCCAGAACUUGUCCUGCAUUAAUGCUUAAGAGUGACUUAUUUAUGUGCUUUAUAGAUACAGCUGUUUAUAAUCUGGAGUAUGUUUUGUAACAUUAUAAGUUACUGAUGCCAUUAGCCACAUUAGACAGUUGUAUGGAUUUCAGAAUUUGGAUUUGGAUAUAUGUCGAUUUGGACAAAAAUAUAAUUUUGUAUUAUAUUUUAUCCAAA